GUUGAUCAAAAAGUUUCCCUCUGCUUUGCAAAGUUGCUGUCUGAGCAGCCGUUGGAAAGAGGAGGCCAGCUGCUCGGAUAUCCUUCUGCAAAGCUACUUAAAUGAAAUGAGAGGACUUCUUUUUCCAAGAAUUGACUGCCAAAAGAAGGAAAGAAGCUAUUUUCCCUCUCUUCUCCCCCAACUCCCACUAGACUUGAUCAGCUCUUGUUUCUGGCAUGCGUCUCAUCUCUCAGAAUACUAUGUCACAGUAUUCUGCUAACUUCAUUUUGCUUCCCAUACCAGAGUAUCCUGUUUUGGACAGUGUGCCCAACAAAAUCAUCAAGCUUGUUGUACUGGGUGGCAGCAACGUUGGCAAGACAGCCCUGGUGGUGCGCUUUCUCACUAAAAGAUUUAUUGGAGACUACGAGCCCAAUACUGGAGCCUUGUAUUCAAGAAAAUUCACCAUAGACGGAGAGCAGAUCUCCUUACAGGUGCAGGAUACCCCUUUUGUCUCACUGGAGGAUGACAAUGACAACAUCUGCUGCCAGGAGCAAAUAAACCGCUCAAUCUACUGGGCAGACGGCUUCGUGUUUGUAUACUCCAUCACGGACUACAACAGCUACCGGCUCAUCCGGCCCUUGUACCAGCACAUCCGCAAGAUCCACCCCAAUGCCAACAUUCCCCUGCUUCUGAUGGCAAACAAAGGGGACCUGUUGCGAGCUAGGCAGGUGUCCUCCAAAGAAGGCCUCCAGAUGGCCAGCGAGCUGGGGGGCACUUACAGUGAGGUGUCUGCCCGGGAGAACUAUGAGGGAGUGCAGGAGGCCUUCCAGCAUCUUUGCCAGGAGCUCAGCAGGAUGAUUGGGAGCUGCAAUGGGGAGAAACGAAGAGGGCUCCACCUCAUCCGACCCAAGUCUCCAAACAUGCAGGACUUAAAGAGACGUUUGAAGCAGGCUCUCACUUCCAAAGGGAAAUCUGCCACCACCCUUUGACAGCACUGACAGUAGUUCAGUGAAGCCAACAAGAAAGCUAGUAUUUUUAUAUUUCUGGGCCAUAACUCCAUAAGUUCAUUGGGCUUUUAAAGGUCUUGAUUACAAUCCUUCAUUCCUUCAAUACUUAUAGAAUGAGCUUCAAUGGGCAAAAGCUUAGAAAUUUUGUUUAAAAAAAUACUGUAAGGUCAGAAGCUAUGUCCUUUAAAAAAAAGGACAUGAGAAGCAAGGAUUUUCUAGGAUGAUAUAUUUUAUUGGAAGAACUGUGGAGCUGGGAUACAGUUAGACAAUUUUUCAAAUGUCUUGCAUGUCUUUGCCUCUUGCAUAAUUUCUGGACCAUCGUGACUACAACAUUACUCUUACACAAUUUUUAAAAAGGGCUUUUUAAAAGUAGCCUAAAAUUAAACAAUUAAUUCCUAAUAUUAAAAGAAGAGUUUGUGGGGGGAGGGGUUGUUUUGGGAUGUAAAUAUUCCCAAACACAACCAGUGAGUUAAAGCAAAACACCAGGAGAAUGAAAUAGACUAUAUUCAGGAAGUGAAACUUACCUGACUACUUUCCUCUUCUGUGAUACCCAAGUGAAAUGGGAUUCUUCUAAAUGAUAGCAAGAAAGGAAAAAAAAAGCCAUGAAGAAGACAGAGAGGUAGGGUUGUAAAACAAUCAUAAAACUGGGCUGGGGAUUCCAGGGCAGGCAUAGUACCUGAAACUAUUCUAAUCUAUGGGUUUUUUUAACUGAAUAGAUUUUAUGUUGAUGACAUCCCUUAAAAAAAGAGAAACAAGCCCUUCCCGCAUGUCACAUUUCAUUCAUAAGAUUACUUUUACAAAUUAAAAUAAAUUACUGUGUUCAGUUUUUGUGGUUGGAAGAAUUUAUCACUAUUUUCUUGGCCCCAAAUUUGCCAAUGAUCUUUUAGAUUUUUAGGUUGGUACAGACCAUGGGGGUUUUUGCCUUCCUCUGUAGCAAAGGGCAUGGCCCUCUAUCCAGGAUCCUUUGAGCAUAUAUUGACAACAUUUCAUAGAAGCAGGACAUUGGCUGCCACAGUUCCUCUGCUUUAUUUGUGGCAGGUUAUGGCGUUAGGCCUGUGCUGUGUCAGGGUUGAUGAUAGUCUUAUGUAGAGUUUAGAUUGUGGUUUUUAUGGAAUGGUUUGGAUAAGGAUGAUACUGCCCCAGGUAGGGGCGUUGACUAAAUGAUCUCUGGAAGUCCUUUCCAGCCCCACUUCUCCAUGAUUCUAUGAUUGCUUCUGAAACACUGAAUUCCUCCAUCAAGCAUUAACAGAAACUCAAACGCAGACAAAUCUGCUCAAGAAUAUACUGUACUUAAUACUUUCAGAGGCAUCUGCAUUACCAGUCUUUCAACGCGCACUUCACUGUCAGCAUCUUACCAUCUUGUUUCUUGGAGUGGACAUCUUACAGUGUAGCUUUCAUCACAUGAUUUUUAAAAAAUAGGAUUUAGUUUUCUUAGCAUUGUUUGUAGAAAAUCCAGUUACAUGUAAAUAAAGUUAAUUCAUCCUCA